AUGGAUAAAAAAGAGCUUUUGCAACAAUUGAUGCACAUGAAAAAGGAAUAUGCCAAAAAAUGCAAAAGACUUCAGCUUGCCAUGCGAGCAAAGAAUGCAAGAGAACAUGUGAGGAAGAAAAUCGAAGAACAUAAUGAAUUGACCACAGACGAAGGAAGUCUCCAAGAUGAAUAUUGCAAUGAAUCGGCCAAUUCGACUAUUUCAAAUUUAAUUAUCUAUCCAUUCCCAUCAGCAGUUCAUUAUCUAUCACCGUCAGUUCCUUAUCUAUUCAUCCCCACCAGUUCAUUAUCUAUCACUGACAGUUCCUUAUUUAUUCAUCCCCACCAGUUCAUUAUCUAUCACUGUCAGUUCCUUAUUUAUUCAUCACCAUCACUUCAUUAUCUCUCAUUGUCAUUUCCUUCAUCAGUUCGUUAUCUAUCGCCAUCCGUUCCUUACAUAUCUAUUGCAGUCAGUUCAUUUUCUAUCCAUCACCAUCAGUUCAUUAUUUCUCAAUUCAUUAUCUAUCCAUUCCCAACAUUCAUUGUCUAUCUGUUGCCAUCCGUUCAUUAUCCUAUACAUUGCCAUCCGUUCAUUAUCCUAUACAUUGCCAUCCGUUCAUUAUCCUAUCUAUUGCCAUCCGUUCAUUAUCCUAUCCAUUGCCAUCCGUUCAUUAUCCUAUCCAUUGCCAUCCGUUCAUUAUCCUAUCCGUUGCCAUCCGUUCAUUGUCCUAUCCAUUGCCAUCCGUUCAUUGUCCUAUCCGUUGCCAUCCGUUCAUUGUCCUAUCCGUUGCCAUUCGUUCAUCGUCCUAUCCGUUGCCAUUCGUUCAUUGUCCUGUCCGUUGCCAUCCGUUCAUUAUCCUGUCCGUUGCCAUCCGUUCAUUAUCCAUCCAUUGCAAUCCGUUCAUUAUCCCUCUGUUACCAUCUGUUCGUUAUCCUAUCCAUUGCCAUCCGUUCAUUAUCCUAUCCAUUGCCAUCCGUUCAUUGUCCAUCCGUUGCCAUCCGUUCAUUGUCCAUCCGUUGCCAUCCGUUCAUUGUCCAUCCGUUGCCAUCCGUUCAUUGUCCAUCCAUUGCAAUCCGUUCAUUAUGUAUCCAUUGUCAUCCGUUCAUUAUGUAUCCAAUGCAGGACCUGCUUGUGUGUGUUACCCAAUGCAGCAUUUAUUUCUGGAAAUUAACUAAAGUUGCUCAAUGGGAAAUUGUCCAUCGACAACAGAUAACAGAAUUGGAGCAGUGUUGUCAUGCAUCUCUGCAUCCUCUACAAAAAGGCAUUGGGGUGGCCACUGUUUUGGUUAGCACUGAAGGACAGAGUCAAUUGGUUCUUCAUAUAUUCCAGAUACAGGAAGAUAUGGGAAAAAACCAUUCACUUCCUGUUAUUUUGCCACAGAUCCAUAAGUUAAUCUUCAGUUCUUUGAGUAGCUGUUCAAUGGCUGUAGCCAGGACAUCAAGUGACAAAACCAUUGAUAUCUGCAAAUACAGCUUUUCUGAGAAUUUGACUUCUGUAGAAAGCAUUCUCACCUUAGAUUUUUUAUCUGAGAAACUUUUAUCAUUAAGUGCUGUUCAAGGAUUACCUGCUGCUUUGCUUGGUUUCACCACAACUAAUAUUAUAUUUAUAUGGAACCAUAUUGCUAAUGUUUUGUUGACCAAAAUUUCUCUGUGUGACAUCAUGGUGAAAUCCUGCAGACUACCCUCUGCUUUUACAGAACAGGGCCAUAUUGUAUUUCCAUUAAUAUUUGAUGAUGGCCCUGAACAAGGAUGUUUACUUGCGGUUAAUCCAAACACUGAUGUUGUCAUUAAGUUGCUGUCAUACCAAAGACACUUAUUACCAGAAUCAAAGUCAGACUCCAAAAUGGCAUUGAUUCUUAAUGAGAAUUUACUAAGUGAAAUUAAGCAAUUUGCGAGAUUCCUUCAAAAAUGGAGGGAAUUAGAAUGUGCAGUACAAGGCACUGGCACCAGGAUUUACCAAUAA